UUUCAAAACUCAACAUGAAGUUCGGUAAGAAGUUCCAGGAGUUUGUCUACUCAUUGAGUACAAACGACAAAUACUCGGAGUACGACUCGACCAAAUCUUUCAACAGAAUCAACAAACCCAGAACUGAGACCGAAACAAAUCUCUUAUCCCACAACAACGGGUCUACCACAUUUGGUACCGACCAUGAAGAAGAUUCCAAUUUUGAAAAAUACAAGGUGGACGGAGUUCACGAAGUUAGACUUGCUUGGAGGCACAUCAAAAAUUGGGUCUCCAAAUACUCACCGGAUUUGAACAGCUCGUUGCAAAAAGCUUGUACUGAUGACGAUUUAAGUGAUUUCCAAAAAGACUUGAACAUCAAAUUACCCAACUGUGUAUUGGAGUUCUACAAGCUUACAGAUGGCCAAUACUCAGACGACUAUGACAAGGUUGGAGGGUUAUUUUUUGGAUUGAAAUUGAUGCCUUUAGACGAUAUAAUGGUGAUGACUGAACAUUGGAGGAAAGUCGCUAAGAAAGUUACCUCAGAAAUGUCCCAGUUGGACACCUCUGGUACUCUCAAACAGCUUCCAAAAUUGGGUAAUUACAGGUUUUCCAACUCGUCAAUUGACUUGAUCAACGUGAAUGACAAUCCAGAUGCUAGUAGGAUAUCUUUACAGUCGGUAGAACUGGAUCACAAACAUAAACAAACGGUGUCAAAGUACCCUUCACAGAAAGCCAUACCCCCAGGAUGUAUCCAUCCGAUAUUUGCCCACCCAAUGUGGAUUCCCAUGAUUACAGAUGAUGUGGGCAAUUGUAUAGGAUUGGAUUUAGCACCACCAGCGACAGGAAACGGUAAAUGGGGACAGAUUAUUCUUUUCGGAAGAGAGUUUGAUACCAAGUUUCUAGUUGCUGACAAUUGGGGAGAUUUCCUCUUGCUCUUUGCUAACGAUUUGGAAAUGGGAAAUUGGGAUAUCAGUGCACCCGAGAAGAACAAUUAUGGGGAUCUUAUGAUUGGGAAUGAGGGUGACUUGAUUUAUGUCGACAAGGAAACAAAGAAAGAGAUGAGUUACCUUACGGUGUUGAAAAAAAGAUGUAUUGCUAAGUGGGUUGAAUCUUUAGAUAAAGAUGAAAUGGAUUCGGGUGUGAAGAAAUUGGUUCAAGACUUGAAGCUGAAUCCCGACUCGAUUUUGAAUAUCAAGAACUUGAACGAUAACUCUAUUGAUGAGUUCAUUAACAACAACUUGAACUUGGUUGGUGGAGUGAUUGAACCUGAGAUGGGGGAAGAGCCAACGGAGCCAAAAGAGCCAAAAGCACUUCCUGAGCAGCCAAAAACACUUCCUGAAGAGCCAAAAGCACUUCCUGAGAUCAUACAGAAGCUUCCCAAGAACCUCCCCGCUGUGCCCAAAGCUUCAAAGCUGGACAACAGACAACCAUCGUACUCCAACUCAGAUGUCUUUGCUUACUCAGAAGGCAAGACUUUAGAGGACGUUGAACUUUAGAGUAUAGUUCUACCAAAUGAUGCGUUGGAUUUCUCCUGGUUCACUCGCCCAAGUGAACUCGUACCCAAAGAACACAUAGAAGAACAAUGAAUUCACGGCACUCACGUACACAAACUCGACGGCAUUUCUUAGCUGGUGAUGACGCUCUGGUCCCGUGAACAACCUGAAUACUACCAACGGAGUGAUAUAGUAUCUUGGCUCAAAUAAUGGUGAUGGGACAAUGGUAAGAACAGUUGCUACCAAAAAUGUCACAAUGGUGAUGGGACUCAUUGAUAAGCCUUUUGUGUUCUGUACCAAGCUGUUUACUAUGUUCCAGGUGGCAAAGUGGUAGAUGGGAACCGCUAAUAGAUCUGUAUACUGUUUGCUCAAGAUCUUUUUCCAAAUAUAGAAGGUGUAAUGUCUGUUAUCAGCCAAAAGGAACGGAUGGACCACUGUAAAGUUAGCAAUUAUGUACUUUAUUAUGAUACAACACACGAUCGACACCGGAAUAUGAAUCAUACACCUCUUCAAGUUUCUGCCCAACACGAAGUUGACAUAUCUUUUGAGAUUCUCUACUGAGAGCCACAGCGGCCAGGUGAAAAUGCUGAUGAAUACAAAACAGUAGAACACCUGAACCAAGUGAAGUUGGAUUUGAUGAUUCUCUUUAUCUCCAAAUGUAAUGCCGCCGUUUACUUUCAAAAAUAUCCCAAAGAGCACAAAGUUGAGUACAAACGGAGCCAACAGACCCACAUGUUGGAAACACGCAAGGACGUAAUCUUUGGCGUAUAUCAAUACAUUCUUGUUGGGAUUGACCUUUUUGUCGAUGUAUACCGAUGCAACAAACGCAAUCCAGAUGAUGUUGGUCUGUCUGAACCAUAAACUAGCAAACCCCAAGAGUCCUCCGACGAUAGUACUAGACCUCAAAGAAGCUGAAAGGCACGCAAUGGUCAAUACCAAGGACCAUGGAUCCGUAUAGAACAAGAAAUAAUAUGGGAAGAGCAAAGGCAUGGAGAUUAAGCUUGUAACCCAAAAUUGACCUUUGUAGCUGGGUAAUGAUAAAAGAACAAUAGGCAACACCAAUUCACCUCCGAUCAAAUUAACAAGUCUUAAGAUAUUAUGGUUCUCACAGACCGUUUCAAUGGGGUCUGAAAACACCAGUAGGAGCUUUGCAAACCCGAACCCUAGUAAAUAUAGCCCCGGAGGUGUAGUGAUCUUACUAUCCCAUACACCGAAUUCAUAUCGACAGUAUGUUUCACAUUGUCUCAAGUGGAAUAUUUCGUCGAUAAAAGGGCCUUUGACAUGUGUAGCAACCUUCUCGAGGAUAACUGACGAUAUUAGGUUGACCACAAUAUACGACACUGGCUGGAUAAUAGAUUCAAUCGGUCCCCACAUCGUCAUU